CCUGCGCAUGCGCGUUAAUGUCCCGACCAUAGCGUCUGCUUUGUUGGGACCAUCGAUGCUGCUGGGACUGUGAGCGACUCCGCUUUUAUCUGAAGCGAUAAUGGAGUAGAGUUCAUCAUACUUUGUCGACAUCCCAUUUUUAAUUUAAGUUAACAGGCAGCACUUUUUUGUGUGAUCGCGUUGCCGCUGAAGACGACAGAGGCGAGGAGCUCCUGUAUAUAAACAAAACGGCAGUGCGAGCUGCUUUUAAGGUGGCACGUCAUUUGCUGGAACAACAAGAGCUGGCCCGCUUGCUCCAUCGGUGAGCUCGACGUUGAGGGAUCUCGGUGUCCGAGACAUGGACGUCUUCGCUCGGCCUCGUCGGGAGUGAAACUCCUUACCGAGCGAACAUGAAAGAGGAGGGCCGUGUGUUGUCUGGACGGCAGCUCCUGGCGAGUGAAAGAGGGGGUGACUGUCCCUGCCGCUACCCCCGCUUGGCUGAGGAGAGAGGCGAGCUUGUUAGCAAAAAGGGUGAGCGCAGGCCCCCCGGUUCUCUGGCCCGGUCCAAAUAGUGCUUAAACGGACUGUGGUGCAUCAUGGAGACGGUGGGGAGAUUCGAGUUCAGUCGGAAGGACCUGAUAGGACAUGGCGCAUUUGCGGUCGUCUUUAAAGGCAGGAAUCGGGAGAAACAUGACUGGGAGGUGGCAGUCAAAUGCAUCAAUAAGAAAAACCUGGCCAAAUCUCAAACACUGCUGGGGAAGGAGAUUAAAAUACUCAAGGAACUCAAGCAUGAAAACAUUGUCGCAUUACUGGACUUUCAGGAAACUGCAAGCUCAGUGUACCUAGUGAUGGAGUACUGUAACGGCGGUGACCUUGCCGACUACCUACACUCAAAGGGCACGCUGAGCGAGGACACCAUCCGGGUUUUCCUGCAGCAGAUUGCAGGCGCCAUGCGGGUCCUGCAGGCUAAAGGCAUCAUCCACAGGGACCUGAAACCUCAGAACAUCCUGCUCUCCUACUCGCCAGGACGGAAAUCGCACUCCAACAAUACCUGCAUCAAAAUUGCGGACUUUGGGUUUGCCAGGUACCUUCAGAACAACAUGAUGGCAGCAACUCUCUGCGGGUCACCUAUGUACAUGGCACCCGAGGUCAUCAUGUCCCAAAACUACGACGCCAAGGCCGACUUGUGGAGCAUCGGGACCAUCGUGUUCCAGUGCCUGACUGGAAAGGCGCCUUUCCAGGCCAGCAGCCCCCAGGAUCUUAGGAUGUUUUACGAGAAAAACAAGAACCUCAGCCCCAACAUUCCCCGAGAGACUUCCAGCCAUUUGAGGCAUCUGUUACGAGGCCUGCUGCAGCGCAAUCACAAGGACCGCAUGGACUUUGAUGAGUUUUUUUCUCAUCCCUUCUUGGAAGCCACCACCUCGUCCAUAAAAAAGACAACUCCAACAGUGACCAUGACCUGCUUCCCGAGUUCUGCUUCUGCCAGCUCUUGCAGCAGUUCCUCCACCUCGCACCUGGCUUCUCCACCGCAAUCGCUUGGUGAUGCGCCGCAGCAUUUGCGUGCCAAAGCGUUGGCCUCCCCCACCCAGGAGGCCACCGGCUUUCUCAAGGAUUCGUCCGGAGGAGGCGGCAGCAGCAAGAAUUCCUCCUCCUGCGACACGGACGACUUUGUCAUCGUGCCCGCUCACUUCAACACGGCUGAGCUGACGAGCGAGAGCAAAGUGCUGCAGGACAGUCUGAUGAACAGCGGCUCUCUCCUGGCGUCUGGCUUAUGCGCCCAAGCCAAAUCGCCACCGCACUCGCCGUCUUAUAGUGGCUCUCCGAGUCGUGUCAGGCCCGGCGAGUCCUCGGGUAGUAACUAUGCUGGUCCAAGUGGAAACCACGGUCACUCCCUGCCAAUCCCAGUUCCCACUCAGGUGCACAACUACCAGCGCUUGGAGCAGCAUAUUUAUACGGCCAAACAGGAAGGCUCGCCCCGGUUCUCCACCCCGGUGCAUCGUUGCAGCAGCGGAAGUCCGCUGGGCUUUGCGAGGACCGGGCCUUCCCCACCUUACGGAACCGUGGCCACCACCCGAAGGCUCUCAAUGGGCGGAGCGAGACCAUUUCAAUUUUCCCCUCAAGCGGCUCAGCAUGCCGAAUCUAGGCCGACGACUCAGAAACACUCCCCGGUCGCGGCAGGAUUGGGCACGCGCCUCCACAGCGCCCCCUGUCUUUUAGAAUGCACCACCGGCUGCGGCAGACAAAAGAUCCGUAAGCAGCACUCGGACCCGGUGGUGGUCCCGGCUGCCGGCUUGAUGACAGUUCGCCCGCUGCACUCGUCCCCCCGCCUCAGUGAGCUGAUGCAGCGGAGCCCGCUGCCCACCAUCCUGGGCUCCCCCUCGAGGACUAUGCCCCCUUUCGAAUUCCCCAAACAACCCAGCUCUCCAAACCUUGUCAACUUCCUGACGCAGCAGGGUUUGGUAGUGGGCUCGCCUAGCAGCAGGACUGUGCAAAUGGAGCCCAGAGAUGCUGGACAGCUAGCGCCCACGCAGUGCGCUCAGCCUUCACACUGCGUCCACAGGAUGAACGACGACGGCAGGGGAUUUGGAAGAUCUCAGAGCGCCGGCUUCCUGUCCGACAUGUUGCUGAUGGCAGCCUUCGGGACGGGCGGAGCAGUGUGUGACCGAGGCAGCACAGAGAACAUGGCCUGUGAAAAAGCUAUCGACAUAGCAGUGCCCUCAGGUGGUCAUCUGUGUACUGCUCCGGGCUCCUGCAGCCCAGCGCAGGUGGUCUUCACCAUCGGCUCGCCUCCCAGCAGCGGCACCCCGCCACAGGCCUGCAGACAGAGGAAAUACUCAGGCUCGUUCGCAUCGGUCAGCCCGGCAGGCUCCUUCAACAGCCGCCAUCCCCAGACAGCCGCCUGCGGCGACGGCUUUGACCCCUCUUCCAGCCCCCGUUACCACUUCUUCGAUCCCAUCACGGCCAACAUGGGCGGCCGUAUCACCUUCGAGGCCCCCGAGCUGCCUGAGGAGACCCUUAUGGAGCAGGAGCACACCGACACCGUUCAGAGCCUGCGCUUCACGCUGGAUUUCGCUUACUGUCUGAUGGAGGUGGCCGGGGCCCGUGGCAUCGCAUCCACGGGGGGUCCGCCUGAUGCCGCUCAGCCUCACUUACAGCAGCAGAGCCUGGUGGCAGAUCAGAUAAGCUCGCUGAGCCGAGAGUGGAGCCACGCGGAACAGCUGGUCCUGUACCUCAAGACGGCAGAACUCUUGUCUGCCGCCAUACAAACAGCCAUGGAGCGAGUCAAACAAGGCAAACUUUACCCGUCUUCGACGGUCAAACAAGUCGUGAGGAGGCUGAACGACUUGUACAAGUCCAGCGUGGCGUCGUGCCGCUCACUCAGCACACGUCUGGAGUGCUUCUUUUCCAAAAAACACAGACUAAUGGACAAAAUCAGCUCCAUAACGGCUGAGAGGCUGCUCUUUAGCCACGCCGUGCAGAUGGUUCAGUCCGCUGCUCUGGAUGAGAUGUUCCACCAGGGGGAGGCAUCAGUCCACCGCUACCACAAAGCCCUCCUGCUGAUGGAGGGCCUCUCCAUGCUUCUCACCGAACAGGAAGACAUACUCAGCGUGAGCAAAUGUAAAGAGUGUAUCGAGCGGCGCCUCACCGCCUUGCAGUCCGGGCUCUGCGUUUGAGAAAAAAAACGCGUCACCCCCAUCGUUGUCGACAAACUUCAUCUCAGCACAUCACGUCCAGUCAAACAUCGACUUCACCUCCCCGAAAGAAAAAAAAAAAAAAUACAACUCGAGCUGCGGACAUGGGCAUGCCUUUCUGUGAAACUGAUGUCGGUCAAGAUGCACCUCGCUGCAUUCGGACUCGUUUGAGAGACCCCACCUCAGCCCCAAUUGAGGCAACAUGCAGUUAUGGCCAAGUUGUCAUAAAUAUACACACAUAUAUAUAUGUACUCCAGCGUACAUUUUGACGAUGGACAAGUCAAAUGCAGCGGACAACUGAACUGUCUUCACGCUUCACCUUUACAGAAGCUGCACCCCGACACGAAGCUACAGUAGACAAAAAAGCUGGGCGUGGCCAAGUAUCAUCCUCAUCAUCUUAUGUAUGUUCACAUGAUACCACUUUGAGUGCUUGUUUCAAACCCGUUCGUUACUCGCUCGCUUACAUUGUACGAUAACAUUGCGACAAACUGGAGAGGAAUUACCGCCAAGAUGAAUUUAAAAUCCUUUUUAUAAUAUUUUUCCAUUUUAGCUCCCACCGCUCAAUUUGACACUUUACCGACUUGCUUUUCCAUGAAGAAGGCGAUGCAAAAAUAUUUCCAACAUUGCAUCAAAGAGGGUCCAAAAAAAAGGCAGAUGUUAGAAUCUGUGGUUGUCAUUACGCUAACGAAGCUCCGCUAACCGGUGCAUGUUUGUUUGUCUUUGUGUGCAGUUCCUAAAUCAUCCUUAUUUCUUUCUUUGACAUUAUUUGUAUUUUAUCAAUCAUCGUCGUUAAGCAAGUAUAAUCAAAAUGCGGAAUGUAUGGGGACAGGAGAGAAGCCGCGUCGGGCUGCCUGAAUGUUUUUGCACUGUUGAAGUACUGUACAGAGUGGAAGGCGCAACAAACGUCAAAUAUUGUUUCGUUUGUUUGCUUGACUGAUGAGCUCAUUUCGAUUCCUACUGCCGCACACACACACACGUUGCGCGGUUGUAUCAUAGUUACUGUGUGUUUGGUGUGAGCGUGUCCAUUAACGGAGGGAUGCUGCGAACGCAGAGAACGUUUUUCUUUAAGAACAUAACGGAAAAAGCUUUAUGGUGACGAGGGUUUCAAAAAAAAAAAAAGAUAUAUCGCGUUUUCUUUUUUGGGCUUCAGCGUAGUCAAUAGGCGACAAUUCUGUCCUGAAUUUGAAAUGUGUUUGCAGUGCUUAUUUGAAAUAUUUGAUCUGAAUUAUUGCUUGUUUUCUUUUUAAUGAACUCCAGGCGUAACUUUGAAUCCCAAUCAGAUUUUUUAAAAUAAUUUGGAGAUGGUUGAUGUCUGUGUUGCCUGCGUUCAAAGGUGUAUAUUGUUGUAUGCAUGCAAGCAUGUGUGGGGGAGCUUGUGAGAAAUGUUGAACCUGACCUAAUCUCAACUAACCCCCCCCCCCACAUGAAACGAAGGAAUCAGAUCGGUGACGAAGGAGUAGGGCCACAAUCAUGAAAUUGAAACUUGCAAUUUAUUGUAAACAUACAACAUUAAUAUUGUGAUUUUUAAGUUAUAAAGAUGUUCAUAAUUCAAAAAGCUCACGACAGUUUACAAAGAUGACCAGAAUGAAAGCUUUUUCCUUCUCUUGAGGCCUUUUGUCAUAUGAAAAUAUAUAUUGGGUAUAUUUCUUUCCACGAGCAUGUGUCAAAUGAUUGAGUUGUGCAUUCCUAUUUUCGGCUCAUCCCAGCCCUGCUCAGUCAAUAUACAGCAGUGAGUGCAAAUUAUUUUUUUUCUCCCCCCCUACAAUCAUUGCUACUGGCCAUCCCGAUUAUUCGCAACUCUGGUCACCAUGAAGAGAAUGCUUGCAUGCAUUAAGGUAACUUUAUGGCGGGGGGGGGGGGCUCAUGUAUUGUAUUCUGCUGUAAUGUUCUUGAGCAGGAUGUUGACAAGCUGCUAUUAUCGCGGCUGCCGUUCAAAGCAUUCCCAUGAAGCUAAAAUGAAGUGUAACCAUCGUGAAGGUUUGCGCUCUCUUGCAAAGAGUCCAAAAGUUUUGAGUCUGUGUGUAAAAACCAUGCCCGAAUGUUGUCAUUUAUUUGUGUUUAGUGUCACUCAUAGGAAUUGUAAAUUAAGUUAUUGCCGUCAUUGUAUUUAUGGAUCUGCGGGUGCGGAGGGGAACAGUACCACACCAUUUAAUAUUGUCUGUUUUUCCAAAAGGCUUUCUGCUGAACUUGCAGCAAGGCAUUUUCACAUUGUCACAUAUGGCAAGACACUAUCUCAAUGUCCCUGUGUGUAAUAUAACCAUUACUGUUGCAACAUGAAUAAAGUUAAAGGAAUGGA